AACCGUCCACAAAACAUUUCAUUAAGUUCAACAUCCGUCUUAGCAGUGCAGAUUUUAUUUUUUUGUUUAGUGCCCUGUAACUUUGCUCCUCCACCAAGAUGCUGACCGAUACCCUCAAAGCCCAACUUGGUUUGAACGAGGACCAAGUCCGUGAAUUCAAGGUUGCCUUCGACAUUUUUGAUGAGGAUACCUCUGGAACUGUUUCCACUGGAGAGUUGGCCAGCGUAAUGAAGACUUUGGGACAGGACAUUGACGAGAAAGAAGUCGGUGUAAUGAUCUCUGAGGUCGACAGUGAUGGUUCGGGAGAAAUCGAUUUCGCCGAGUUCUGCACACUUAUGGCCCGUCAGAUGGAGAAGUCCGACCCCGAGAUGGUCUACAAAAAGGCUUUCGCUAUCUUUGACAAGAAACACGACGGUUUCAUCGAUCCCUCGGAACUGAAACAUAUCAUGACGAACAUUGGUGAAGACAUGGGCGACAGCGAAAUUGCUGAAAUGAUGAAGGAAGCUGAUGUUGACAAUGACGGAAAACUGAGUUACGACGAAUUCCUGGAGGUUAUGUUGGCCAAAUAAACAGAGAGACGACCACACAAGGGAAGAAAAAGAAGAGCUUCAUACCGCACCCGGGGCACUGCCGAUCACACCAUCUAACGCGUGAUACCUCACGCAAAUACCACGUGACGUCACUCGUGUCGUCACAGCGGUUAAGUUUACCAUCCUCGUGUGAAAGAUAUGAUAAUUUUGGACGAUUUUUUAUUAUACGGACACAGGCAGUUUUGGUUAUACAUUUUGUAAUAGGAUCCAAUGUAUGUUAUGAUUAUGAAUAAUUGGUUUUAAUGCGAGAUUUUAUGUAAAUAGAGGGAGGUGUACAAAGUUAUUAGAGUCUAUCAUUAUGUCUACCAUUAUGUCUACCAUUAUGUCUACCAUUAUGUCUACCAUUAUUCAAUAAUUUAUUGUCUGGAA